CGGAGGGGGGUAAGGGAAAAUUCGACACCCAGAAUAGAAGGUUUUGAAAAAGCUCUAUUGUUUUAACAAAAAGGGAGUAGGUAGGAUAGUAAUUGUGGUACACAACAACAAGAAAUGUUGUUGUUGUUGUGUAGCUUGAAAAUUGGCGGUUAAACUGUUUCGGAAAAAAGUAAUUAUGGGGUUUUGAUUUAUUGUUUAUCGCGAAAUUCAUCUCAGAACAGAGAGUUUUGCUAUUUGGCAGAAAUAGAAAUGCCUACAUCUAAAGGAAGAAAGCAGCGCCUAAUUGCUAGACAACAGGAGAGGCAGAAAAUUGCAAUCGAGAAGAAGUCCAAAGUAGGCCUAAAAAGAAAAGAUCGUCAUCACCACUUUCAAACAGUUUCAAGUAAUUCUGGAGCCUUAUGGGCAUUGUUAGGUCACACGAAAUGCAACUUAUCAAACGAAAAGAGUGAAAAGCCUGGAGAUGCAUUUAAAGUACUCGAAAGUAUGCACAAGACAGACCAAGAAGAAGAUUCAAACAAAACGAAGGGCGAGAUGGCUCUCGUUGUCAAAACAGCACUCCCUGGCACCGAAAUGGAAGAGACGACAGCAGAAACUACUUCUAAUAAUCUACUUGAAAUGAGCAUUGAUCGUUUCAACGCGGGUGUCGAUACUGAAUCUCAUCAUGGAGGUUCUAGAAAGUUUGAAAGAGGUCUUCAUACACAACUGUCCGAUAUAAUCUUCAGUGCUGGAGCAAUGCCAUUCAGGCUAUGGAAAAAGUUAAAGCAGGUCUUUUAUAUUAUGGUGAAAUGCUCAUCAUCAGAUGACAUUGAAGAGCUCAAAGCUAGAGUUUCAUUGCUGGAACAGGAGGUGCAGAAUCUUAGACAGUCAUUCUUAUUAAAGAGAAAUGACGGUACUGUCAAAGACCAUGGAGUACCUUCACAGAUGAUUCCAGUUCCAUGCAUGGAACCACCCAUUCCAACAGCAGCAUUUGCACCACCACCUCCACCACCUCCUCCUCCACCACCUCCUCCUCCACCACCUCCUCCUCCACCACCUCCUCCACUGCCUCUUCCAGCAGCUUUGAAGAAAGUUCAGCUUAUCAAACCCAAUGUGAAACAGCAGCAAACUUGUGCAAAAAAUCAGCUAGGAAGCUCUGAUGCUGGUGGAAUGAAAAUAACUAACGACCAACUUCGCAAUGUAAAACUAAAAAAGGUGAGCUUCAUGCCUAGUUCUGGAGCACAGACACCUGCGAAAGGACUUCAGCUGGUCACAUUAAAAGACCUGAGUAGUGUAAAGCUUAGAAAAACUUCUUCUGUCUGCGAUGGCAAGGAAAACACUUGCACAUUUGAUACCAACACAGCGCUGAGAGAGCUGAGUAACUUGCUAUCUGAAGAGAAUAUUGGAAAACGUGAUUCAAUUUCCACAAGAAGGACACCCUUCAACGGAUAUAACUUACGCAAAACUUUACGCAAAGUGAACCUCAAGCGUAGUCCUGGUGGGACACCUUUGGUUAAAUCAAAGCAAGAAACUGGUGCCGGAUUGACCCCUAUGUUAACUGCUGCACUCAGGAGAAAAUUCAAGAGUGUCAAACAGCCGUCGCUAGAGAGCAGUCCAGACUUUUUCAACAACGAAAAUUAAAUGAAUAGAAUUUGCUAUUAAUAAUUGAAAUAUUGUAAACAUUUAAAAGUUUAGUUAAAACUGGGUAGCAACAAAAUCUACCGUAUUUCUUCUAGUAAUCAUAUAUAUUUCCGUACGUCUGGGAGAAAAUCUGGGCCUUGAAGCUAUGAUAUUUUUCUUGAACUUAUGUUCAAAUUCAUCUUCAGGAGAAAUUGUCAGGUGUACAAACAUAUAAUUUAGUAUUGAAUAUUUGUUUCAGUGGCAGGUUAUCGACUGCCUGUAAAAGGAAAUUGGAUUUGUAUUUGAAACUUUCCAAUGUUAUUGCAGAAGGAGAAAUUCAAUGUAAAAAGGUUGCACAAGCUAGCUCCAGAUUCCUUUUCGUGAGGUCACUUCCCCAGCUAUCGUCCUCGCUAGAUUCAUUGUUUCAUUUUCGCCUGAGGAACCUCAACCCCGAAUCUCAUCCUAUUUCAGAUCUUAUCGUAUCAGAUUUUCUCUCUAAAUCGGACACUCAGUAAGAAGGCGUCCCUCUGACUUUUGAUUAGAAAAAGACAAUCAUUAUUGAAGGAAGGGUGUGGGGGAGGGGAGGGGGGGGUGUUAUUUUUUUUUAGACGAAAAUAAUUAUUUAUUAGAAGAAAUACGGUACAAGCAAAUUAAAAAUGUAUUAAGAAAAACACGAAAUAUAUGUUACAAUAUACGUUACAAUUUCAUUUUUACCCAUUAGCGUUUUAAUACUUAUGUACUUUCAGAUGGUUUAUUUGCUAUAUCAUCUUCUUACUUUCAGAAAAGGUACCUUUGUUAUAACGAAUUACAUUCAGUAACCUAAGUUGUUUUUUAUAAUAUUUUUAUACGCGGUUCCUAAUUCUUUGAAAAACGUUUUAUAGGAUAGUUACGUUUUAAUCCACCUAUCUUAUUAUACACAAUGGAUCUGGCAAGUAGAAGUAACUAGAAAUAGUCGAUUAAAAAAUUCAAUCAACCUUUAGGUAUUUCUGACGUAUAAAGAAUUUAUUCGGCUUGUUGAAAUACUUAUCAAAUUACGUCUUAUAUUUUUGGUGGCUUGCAGAGAAGGUUGGUAAAUUGUACACAAAGAAAGGAUAUAAAUGGCAUUGAAGGCUAAAAAAAUUUUUGGUAAAACGUCUUCCAUAACCUUUAGUGUAAAACUUAUAAAAAGUAAAAUAAACCCCGGGUAAACUUUAGGACAUUCUUCGAUUCAUGUAAGAAAUUAAAUGAUUGAAUGUGAAGGCAUACCUUGUUUUUAACCUAUCAGUACCUUAACGUAACUUAAUAAUUUCUAUUUAGUAUUUGUUUUUGUAUUCAAUUGAAAUUUUAUUCAACGGAUUGCUAUUA